GCUUCGUGCUGCGGUCAUGGCCGCUUCCUUGUGCGGGUAUCUGCACAUGAGGUUUUAGUUCUGUGGGAGUCUUUACUGUAGCUGUUGCCACUAGACGUCGGCCACUCUGACCCUUUUCCUUUCACUUUUCGGUGACUCCUGUGUGAUUCUCGUAGGAACCCGAUUUGGCUGCAGCGAUGUCCGGGGUGAUGUGGACCCCGGAGCUGGCAGUUCUGAGGGGUUUUUCCACUGAGGCAGAGCGGCAGCAAUGGAAGCAGGAGGGGAUGCCUGGUUCAGAGAGUGGAUCUUUCUUACAAUUGCUGUUACAAGGAAGCUAUGAGGCCAUAUUCUUGCAUUCAGUGACUCAAAAUAUUUUAAAUUCAACAACGAUGACUGAAGAAAAGAUUGACAGCUACCUGGAGAAGCAGAUAGUAACAUUCCUGGAUUGCUCCAAAGAUUUGGAUGAAAGAGAAAGGCAACAGCUGGUAUUCCUACUUGGUGUGAACAGCUUGCAACUUUUUGUUCAGAGCAACUGGACGGGACCUCUUGUAGAUUUGCACCCUCAGGAUUUUUUGCCAUCUUUCUUGUUCCAGCAGUUCAGUGAGGUCAAAGGACUAGAUGCAGUUGUUCUGAGCCUGCUUAUUCUAGAUGGUGAAUCAGUCUACAGCCUGACUUCGAAGCCUAUUCUGCUGUUGAUUUCUCGCAUUAUCCUAGUGAAUCUAAGACAUAAGCUGACAGCUAUCCAGUGAUGAAAUUGGAGCAUCUGUUUGUAGGUGACUCAGGUCAAUAUUUGGCUAUUCAAUUCCAUCUGGAAUGUGCAUAUAUAUUCUUACAUUAUUAUGAGUAUAAAAAAGCAAAAGAUGAGUUCAAUAUUGCCAAAGACAUCAGCAAAUUAAAAAUUGAUUUGACAGGUGCUUUGGGAAAAAGGACACGGUUCCAGGAAAAUUAUGUGGCACAACUGAUUCUGGAUGUGAGAAAAGAAGGGGAUGUCCUUUCAAAUUGUGAAUUCAGUCCAGCCGCCACCCCUCGGGAAUACUUAACCAAGAAUCUGGAGCUCAAUGAUGAUACUGUUCUGAACGAGAUAAAAUUAGCAGACUGUGAACAGUUUCAGAUGCCCGACCUGUGUGCCGAAGAGCUUGCCAUUAUCCUUGGAGUCUGGUAAGUUGAUGUCUGACUUGGCUGCUUUGAAAGCCUUGCAUGUAGGU